ACAGCAAAUCACAAGGUUAGUUGAUCGAGAGAACUCCAUGAAAUCGGCACAAACUGGAAGAGCCGUGCAUUGGGAGCAGCUGCCCUCUACAUCUGCUCUCUCUAUAUCUCUUGUACUGGAAGUUCCUGUGUCAAGCGCCUCCUGUUAUGAACCUGUCCAGGAAUCCAGCAGUGUGGCAGAUCUUUGCAGAAACCACGCCAUCUUUUGCAGCAACAAAUACAGUGUUCCACUCUGCUGCUUUGGAGUAACAAAAGUCUUGAACUUUCUCCCUGCUACUGGUUUGGAGAAUCACCAGUUUCUUCAGGAUAAAUAUCAGCAUUCAAAGCAGAAGAGGGCAGGCAUAUUGUUUUUCAUUUAGAUUGGAUAAUUAACCAUGGGAGAUGUGAAGAUUGCUCAAAAUGCAACUCGUAUUUCCAAAACAACGUUAACUUUGGAAAGACCUCAGGCUGACACCUACCCUCCAGAAGCACCAGCUUUCACGCUGCCUCCAAAAAAUCUGCGGAUUCCCAUUGGUGGAACAGCUAGGUUUGACGGAAAGGUCAGAGGAUGUCCAGAACCUCACAUAACAUGGUAUAAAAAUGGACAGCUUAUCCCAAAGAAUGAUCGGUAUGUUACAGAGCAAAGCACACGUGGAACCUUCAGCCUAGUCAUAAAACAAGUGCAAAAAGAUGAUGCUGGAAAGUACACAUGUGAAACUGCUAAUGUCGCUGGAGUUCGCCAAGUCACUGUGGAGUUAACUAUACAAGAGGAUACCAACAGGAAAUAUGGAUGGCCUUCCAACACCAAUGCUUCCAGUCGAUAUUCUACUCCAUCAGUGGAAAAUAGGCCAAGUAUUUGGGGUGAAAGCCCGCCAAAAUUUGUCACUAAACCAACACGAUUGAUUGUCAAAGAAGGACAGAGUGGUAAAUUCUCCUGUAAAAUAACAGGCAGGCCUCAUCCUCAAGUAAUCUGGUUGAAGGGUGAUGCAGAGUUGCAGCAAAGUGAUCAUUUCAACAUGUUUGAGAAAUCUGGGAUUCACUUCUUGGAAAUCCGAGCUGCACAGGCAGAGGAUGCUGGAAACUAUGUGUGUUUAGUGAUGAAUAAUUCUGGAAAAGCAAUGGCAUCCGUGGAGCUCAUACUUCAAAGUACGUGUUCAAUGUCUGAAGUUUCUUCAGCGCAACAAAGAAGCGAUGCUGCCAAAACUAUUGAACGUCUGGAAACUAAACAGACAACUGCAAAUAGCAUCCAAAUGGAAAAGGAAGGAGCUAGUGCAGUCACUAUACAAUCCAAGGAGAAUUUGAAAGUGGUGAAACAUGUUGUAGCAGCCCCUGAGAAACAGAAACCAGAGACUGAAGAGCAACUGGAAAAAAGAAUCGAAGAAAACAAGUCUCAUCCAGAACUGAAGUCAGAAGUAAAAAAUGUCACACUCCAACAAAAGAUUCUAAAUGCUACAACACAUCAUGAAUCAAAAGUAGAAAUAAAGAAAAUUCCAAUACAACACAAAAACCAAAUCAUCACAACAGCCCCCACCCUACAGAAAUCCCAAAUUACCACAGCAUCCUCCAGCGUACAGAAAUCCCAAACUACUCCUCCAGCCCCCACCCUACAGAAAUCCCAAAUCACCACAGCAUCCUCCAUCGUACAGAAAUCCCAAACUACUCCUCCAGCCCCCACCCUACAGAAAGCCCAAACCACUACAUCCUCCAUCCUACAGAAAUCCCAAACUCUUCCUCCAGCCUCCACCCUACAGAAAUCUCAAAUCACUACAUCCUCCAUCCAAGAGAAAGCUCAAAUGUUUACAAGACCUCCUGCUCAACAGAAAACCCAAAACAUUCCAACAGGCCCUACCCAACAGAAAGCACAAAGUAUUAUAACAAAUCAGAAAUCCAAGAGUACUUUCAUACUUCAGUCACACAAGGUAGAGGAACCAGCAAUCAUUGAAAGAAAUGAGGACCCGGCAGGGCAGAUGGAAGAAAGUAAGAAAGUUACCCCACAGCUGCUUGUUGAAGGUUGUAGAACUAUACAGCAUUCACAGACAAGAGCUGGGAAAUUGCAAGAAGAAAGCAGAAAGAUUACAGAACAAAAAUCAAUGACCAGAGAAUCACCACCUGAUUUUCUUAUUUAUCCUCAAAGCCAGACAGUGCUGGAGGGUGAAGAGGUUACAUUCAGAUGUAAAAUUACAGGAAAUCCAAAACCAGAAGUGAAGUGGACAAAAAAUGGAGUUUUACUGAAAGGAACAGGUGGUCUUGAAAUGUAUGAAAAGGAUGGGAUUCAACAUCUUUGCAUUAGCUGCGUAAAUAUGGAAGAUAGUGGCUCAUACAGCUGCACGGUGACAAACCGCAGAGGCCAGAUUUCCAGGAACUGGACAUUGAGUGUAACAGGCUCCAAGGAAGAGGAGGUACCACCAUUUUUCACUAGUGUAUUGAAGGAAUGCAGAGUGAGCGAAGGUCAGGAUUUUAUCCUACAGUGCUCUGUGGAUGGCAAACCUCAUCCUCGGAUUACCUGGCUUGUGAAUGAUACACCCAUUCAGUAUGCUCACAGCUCAUUUGAAAAUGAUGUCGCAAAACUCUACAUACAAGAUGCUUUGCCAGAAGAUGAUGCUAUUUAUACCUGUGUAGCAGAAAACAAAUUUGGAAGGACGUCUUGCUGUGCUAAAGUGACAGUAAAAGAAAAGAAGACCACCAAGAAGACCGAGACUACAAGUGCUGAAGGGUCCAAAAGGACAUUUGCCCCUGUUAUCCUGAAGGAGUUGACUGACCUGCAGGUUAUGGAUGGUAGCCAAGUAAGGAUGACAGUGGAAGUGGCAGGUAAUCCACCCCCAGAAAUUAUCUGGCUCCAUAAUGGGAAAGAAAUUCAGGAAUCAGAAGACUUCCAGUUUGAGAAGAAUGGAAAUGAAUUCAGUCUUUUUAUUCAGGAAGUUUUUCCUGAAGAUACAGGAAAAUAUACAUGUGAAGCAUGGAAUGACUUUGGGGAAGUGCAGACACAGGCAAUACUAACUGUACAAGCGGUCACGAUUUCAAGAAACCCAGUUGGCAAGUGUAGCUGCCACGUGUCUCUACUGGUCAAAGAAUGCUCCCUUUCCAGAGACGAAGCCAAGGAAGAUAAGGAGCAGUGGAACACCAGUGCCCUUGAAGAGAAGGAGGGUAGUGGUGAUGGCAUAGAGAAUUUUGUUAAACCAGACAGUGCCAAGAAGAACAUAGCCGAAACAAGAGGAAGCACAGUGGAAGAGAAAACAUUCCGUGGGGUGCUUAGGAGAAAAGUUGAAACAAAAGAACAGUCAGCAGAGCAGCUCAAACAGCAAGAGGCUGAGCAGAAAGACUUCCGUUGCGUGCUGGGGAAGAAAGUGAUCACCAAAAGCUUUUCUGAGGAAGUACUGAAGGAACAAUCAGCAGAACAAAUGAACUUCCGAGAUUCGCUUUCCAGACAUGUCAAAACAACUAAUUCAUUUGAAGAAGAGAAAAAGAUUUCAGGUCCCCAGCAGGUGGAUUUUCGGGCAGUACUUGGUAAAAAGAACACUCCUAAAAUAUCGCAAGAAAAUAUCACACCAAAGCAAGUGCAGUCUGACAUCAGGAGUGCUGUAAGCUCAGAGAAACAAGAUUCUACUGGAAAAGAGGCAAAUAAUGAUUCGGAAAACCUUCAAUCUGUAAAAGUGGACUUAAAUGAUAAUGGUGAUUGUAAAAAUGGAUGUUCAUGUAUCGAUGGUGGUAUAAUUGAUCAGAAAUCUGAAAUCACAGGAAAUGCACCUGUUUUUAAGGAAACAUUAAAAGAUACUCAGGUAGUAGAUGGUGAACGUUUAUUGUUGCAGUGUCGAGUUGCUGCUGAACCAGCUCCAGUAGUCACCUGGACUAUAAAUGGAAAGGCCAUCAAGUCAUCCAAGUUCAUUAAUAUAUCACAAGAAGGAUCAGUUUAUACACUUGCAAUUGAGGAAGUCCUGCCUGAAGAUGAAGGCCUUUACAAAUGCAUAGCUGAGAAUUCUGCAGGGAAAAUGGAAUGUUCUUGCUCAGUUACUGUGGCUGAUGCAGCUGCCCCAAAGACUCCCAAAGCUGCUGAGAAAACAUCAAAGAAGGCAAUGUCCACUCUUAGUCCCACUUCAGACUGUGUUGAGGCCACCAUAAAAAAGAAACCAACUCCAAAAACUCCUCCCAAACCAGCUAUUCCACCACAGAUACUUCAAUGUCCAGGAAGUAUGAAAGUCCGUGCAGGAGAAUCUGUGGAACUACUUUGUAAGCUCGCCGGAACACAACCACUCAGCUACACAUGGCUAAAGUUUAGAAAGCAGAUUAAGGAAAGUGACCACAUAAAAAUAGAGAAUACAGACAACAGCAGUAAACUAAUCAUCUCUUCAACUAAGCAUGACGACUGCGGCUGUUACAAUUUAUUUGUAGAAAAUAAGAUAGGAAGCAAACAAGUUCAAGUUAACCUCACAGUUGUCGACAGACCUGAACCACCUGCUGGAAAACCAUGCUCUUCUGAUAUUCGUAAUUCUACCCUGACCCUGUCAUGGUAUGGUCCCACAUACGAUGGUGGGAGUGUUGUGCAAUCUUACAAUGUGGAAACUUGGAAUUCUGUGGAGAAACAAUGGACAAAUCUAACUACCUGUCGCAGCACAUCCUGCAAUGUGUGUGAUCUAAAUCCUGACAAAGAAUACAAAUUCCGUGUUCGAGCUGUAAAUGUUUACGGAACUAGUGAACCAAGUCAAGAAUCUGAUUUGGUCAGAUUGGGAGUCAAAGAAGAUCACAACAAAGAUGAAGCUGAUCUGUCUGAUGAUGAUGAAAAAGAAGGUGAGCCAGAUUAUCGUGAUGUCAACAUCAACACAAGUGAGAAGGUCACAGAAUAUUAUGAUAUAUUGGAAAAAAUAGGAACGGGAAAAUUUGGACAAGUUUUCAAACUUGUUGAAAAGAAAACUAGAAAAGUUUGGGCAGGAAAGUUUUUCAAGGCUUUUUCGGCGAAGGAUAAAGAAAAUGUGAGGCAAGAAAUCAGUAUUAUGAACUGUCUGCACCACCCGAAGCUUGUUCAAUGUGUUGAUGCCUUUGAAUCAAAGUCAGACAUAGUUAUGGUCCUGGAAAUAGUUUCAGGUGGGGAGCUGUUUGAGAGAAUAAUCGAUGAGGAUUUUGAGUUGACCGAGAGAGAAUGCAUCAAAUACAUGCUACAAAUUAAUGAAGGUGUGCAGUUCAUCCACAAACAGGGAAUUGUACAUCUGGACUUAAAGCCAGAAAACAUCAUGUGUGUCAACAAAACAGGAGCAAGGAUAAAACUUAUUGAUUUUGGACUUGCCAGAAGAUUAGCAAGUGCAACAUCACUAAAGGUUCUAUUUGGUACACCUGAAUUUGUGGCUCCUGAAGUUAUCAACUAUGAACCAAUUGGGUACGCAACAGAUAUGUGGAGCAUAGGAGUCAUCUGCUACAUCUUGGUCAGUGGACUUUCUCCAUUCAUGGGUGAUAAUGACAAUGAAACUCUUGCCAAUGUAACAUCUGCUACCUGGGACUUUGAUGAUGAUGCUUUUGAUGAAAUUUCAGAUGAUGCCAAAGACUUCAUUGACCAUCUCCUGAAAAAAGACAUGAAACAUCGUAUGAAUUGUGAUCAGUGCCUUGAGCAUAAGUGGUUGAAAAAAGACGUUAACAACAUGGCAGUGAAAAAACUUUCAAAGGAAAGAAUGAAGAAGUACAUGGCCAGGAGGAAAUGGCAGAAAACAGGACAUGCAGUCCGGGCAAUAGGACGGCUGUCUUCUAUGGCAAUGCUAGCUGGUCUAAGUGGGAGGAAGACCUCACUGGGAAAUGUGCCCACCAGUCCUCCAGAUUCUGCUGAAAAGCCAGAAACCGAAGCUGAUGAAGCCAAGAUGCUUCUUGAGGCAGUUUCUGAAGAAAGGCAAUGUUUUAAGCCUUAUUUCUCCAAGACCUUUAAAGACACUGAAGUUGUAGAAGAGAGUGCUGCUCGCUUUGACUGCAAAAUUGAGGGCUACCCAGAUCCUGAAGUUAUGUGGUUCAAGGGUGAACAGCCCAUCAAGGAGUCUCGCCACUAUCAAAUUGAAUAUGAUGAAGAUGGAAACUGUUCUUUGAUUAUUUCUGAUGUAUCUGCACACGAUGAUGGUAAAUAUACUUGCAAGGCCAUCAACAGCCUAGGAGAGGCAACCUGGACAUCAGAACUCAUCGUGGAAACAAGGGAAGAAGGCGAGAUGAGUAACACUGAAUCAAAGUAAAAGUGUUGCUAGUUGGAAGGUGUAUUUUGCCUGUUGUUAGAUUCUAUACUGCUACAACCCAUGUAAAAUGAGUUGACUACACAAAGUUCUUUGUUAAUUUCCAAGGAAUGGAAGCUAUUUAUGGAUAUAUGCAUUCUAUGCCUAUGAAAUCACCAUAGAAUAUUGCAGUCAUGCGCAGAAGUUUAAGAUUUCAACCCACCCACUUACCUAUUGAUGGAUAUAUUUCCAUGUGAACACCACAGCAUAUGUACUAUAUUUUAAUGGUUCAAUUUCACCCACAUUUACCAAUUUAGAGCAAUAAUCACUUUCUUUCUCAGAGGAUUUUUGGAAUUUUUUUGGACUCAAUGCUUCUAAACCGGUUAUUUUGAAACCUGCCAAUUUAACCAUUGGUUCAUUGACCCAGUUCUUUGUACAUCCCUGUUUGCAUGUAUGAGAGGCUGAUGAAUCUUUGUUUAUGGAUCUCAUCCGCCUGUCUCAUUUGCAGAUGUAUGGAACCUUCUGUGAUCUAAAAUAUUUUAAACACAUAUUUUGUUUACAUUACACUGCACCUUUCUUGUGUUUUCACAUUGCUUUUCAUGUGUCACUUUAGUUUAUGGUACUGUUAAUAAUAGAUUUGAUGCUUUUCCUGGUUUUGUAAUACCAAUCUCAGAUAGGAGUUCAGCACCCCAACCUCUUUCCACCAAACAGCUAUUAAUUGUUGUUAGUACAUACACAAAAAUACAGCUUGAUUUCUGAUUUAUAAUAAAACUCUAAGAAUGAAACAUCACAGAAAUGUAAUUUGGUUAUCAAAUCCUGCUGUUUGAGAAUUAAAAUAAUUUUUAUUGUGCUGUA